GCUUCCCCCCCCACCCCCACUUCCCGGCUCUUCCCAAACCCCGGGAGCCGGUCGAGAGGCCCCCACCCGGUUCUCCCCAAGCCCCGGGAGCUCAUUGAGGGACUCCCAUUUCCACUUCCACCCGAUAAUCUCCAAGCCCCAGGAGCACGUCCAGGGGCUCCCACUCCCACCCGAUUGCCCCCUAGCCCCCCCCCCGGGAGCAGUCCAGGGGCUCCCACUCCCACCCGAUUCUCCCCAAGCCCCCCCCACCGGGAGCAGUCCAGGGGCUCCCACUCCCACUUCCAUCCAAUUGCCCGGUAGAAUGUCCAGGGGCUCCCACUCCCACCCGAUUGUCCCCUAGCCCACCCACCCCCGGGAGCAGUCCAGGGGCUCCCACUCCCACCCGAUUCUCUUCACCCCGCCUCCAGGGAGCACGUCCAGAGGGCUCCCACUCCCACCCGAUUCUCCCCAAGCCCCCCCCACCGGGAGCAGUCCAGGGGCUCCCACUCCCACUUCCAUCCAAUUGCCCGGUAGAAUGUCCAGGGGCUCCCACUCCCACCCGAUUGUCCCCUAGCCCACCCACCCCCGGGAGCAGUCCAGGGGCUCCCACUCCCACCCGAUUCUCUUCACCCCGCCUCCAGGGAGCACGUCCAGAGGGCUCCCACUCCCACCCGAUUCUCCCCAAGCCCCCCCCACCGGGAGCAGUCCAGGGGCUCCCACUCCCACUUCCAUCCAAUUGCCCGGUAGAAUGUCCAGGGGCUCCCACUCCCACCCGAUUGUCCCCUAGCCCACCCACCCCCGGGAGCAGUCCAGGGGCUCCCACUCCCACCCGAUUCUCUUCACCCCGCCUCCAGGGAGCACGUCCAGAGGGCUCCCACUCCCACCUGAUUCUCUCCAAGCCCCGGGAGUCCGUCGAGGGGCGUUUUCUGGAGCUCCGCGCCCGGUUUUAAUUCCUCAAUGAAACUGCCCUGGUUGGACGCUUCCGCCUAGAAGAGAACACAGGUGGGCGAACACAGCCAAGGCAUGGCAGAGAUAUAGUUGCCCCGAGGCAGACAGCCCGGCCCUCGGUACCAGGGGCAUCCAGCUGUGUUUCUAGAACCCGACCGCCUGCAAUGGCUGGCCCCAGCAUCUGGAAUCGCCUCAAGUCGGUCCUGAGGAAGAACAAUGAUUCCUUGUUUCUGAACGACUGCAGUGCCUUUGAUUUUUCGGACGAGAUUGGGGAGGAAGACUUUCCCCGCUUCAAGAAACUUCAAGUGGUGGUUUCGGACGAUGCAGCCGGCCCGUCGGCCAACGGGGCCUACGUGGGGCCUCACUCCGAUGAUGAGUCCUUGCUGGACAGGGACAUCGCGUUGCGAAGUGCUGCAGUCGGACCCCUGACGGACCCUUGCAACCACUGUACCCAGCGAAGGGAACUGUCAAAGCAGAAGAAGGUCAAGAGGCGGCUGGCUUUAGCUGCCAUUCUGUACCUUCUCUUUAUGACGGGAGAGCUCGUAGGUGGAUACGUUGCCAACAGCCUAGCUAUCAUGACGGAUGCGCUGCACAUGUUGACGGAUCUCAGCAGCAUUAUUUUGACUCUUCUUGCUUUGUGGCUCUCUGCGAAAGCGCCCACGAAAAAAUUCACCUUUGGAUUCCAUCGAUUAGAGGUUUUAUCUGCCAUCUUCAGUGUUCUGUUGAUUUACAUCCUGAUGGUUUUCCUCUUAUACGAGGCUGUUCAGCGAACAAUCCACAUGGACUACGAGAUUAAUGGAGAUGUAAUGCUCAUCACUGCAGCUGUUGGGGUCGCAGUAAACCUCAUAAUGGGCUUUUUGCUGAGCCAGUCUGGUCACCUCCACUCCCAUUCGCACGCGCCUUCAUCAGUUCCUCCCUCCGGCUCUUCCGCUGCAGCCCCUGGGCAUUCUCACAGUCACGGCCAUGGCAGCUUGGCUGUGAGAGCGGCCUUCGUCCACGCCCUGGGAGACUUGGUCCAAAGUAUUGGCGUGCUUGUCGCUGCGUACAUCAUUCGAUUUAAGCCAGAAUACAAGAUUGCUGAUCCUAUAUGUACCUACGUAUUUUCAGUUCUUGUGGCUUUCACAACCUUUCGGAUUAUACGGGACACCGGAAUAAUUGUACUUGAAGGAGUUCCAAGACAUUUAAAUGUGGACCUUAUUAAAGAAGAGUUGAUGAAAAUGGAAGACGUGUUUUCAGUGGAAAACCUGUACAUCUGGUCUCUAACGUCAGGAAAAACAAUUGCUAUCGCCCAUCUACAAUUAGUUCCUGGUAGCUCACCCAAGUGGGAGGAGGUCCAGUCCAAGGCUAGAAAAUUGCUGAUGACUACCUUUGGCGUCUAUCAAUGCUCCAUCCAGCUCCAAAGCUACAGGCGAGAGGAGAACAAGCCCUGUGCCAAUUGUCAGAGUGCCUAACUUUUUUUUCCAACCUCCGGGAAGACGCGCUGCCUUAUCCUUUUUAAUCUUGCAGCCAAAGGGCCACAAAGCAAUAAGCGUAAGAUACGAAAGGGGACGGAGCGGUUUGCACUCCGACCCGUAACAUCUGCAUUUGGUGCAGUGUCAGCGAGGGGAGCUGUCGGGGGUCCGCUUCGGCACGGCUCUUUUCACUAGGAAAAACUUCCGAUCCUUCCGUCCACCAUUCAUUUCCGUUCGGGGGUUUCCCUCGCCAAUAUAAUAUUUCCAAUAAGUUGUUUGCGCGUCCGUUGAUGGUUGAACGGGCUCCUCGUUGAACGCAGCUUCCCGCAUUGCCGUUUUCUUCACUUUCCUGACUGACGCUCCGGAAGGAGCAUCAGGAAAUUGAUCUACUUGAGUUUUCAACAGAAUUUCUUUUUUUAAAAAAGCCGAUCAUGUUCACAAUUUGUAAAGUUAAUGAUCCCUGAAUUGGUUACCUUAGGUAUUCCCCCCCCCUUUUCCCCUUUUCCAGGUUUUUAAUUCCUUAUCUUUUAAAAAAAAUGCUGCAGGGAUAACAGAUUUUUUUUUAAAAAAAAAAUAAGUUGUCUCUUAAUACAAACUUGAAUUGGUAUUGGCUUUUACGUGUAACCAGUUUUUGGACAUUUAGCUUUAAGUAGUACUUUCCGUGGUAGAAGGAUUUUAUCCAGGAUGAUCCACCACUUGUUUAACUGAAGACUUCGGGGCAGGACCCACCUGUGUUUGGACAAAAAUAUUGAUCGACUUUCAUAUGCUUUGAUAUCGGUCCUGUAUUGUAGAAGUGUAUAUUUAAUUCCUUCAAGUUUAGGUGACUGAUUUUGAAAGCCUUCCUACCAGUCGUCCUGAGUAUCUCAAGUAAUGUGUCGCCUGCUUCAAAAGGCUAUUUGAUUAACCCGAAUCUUAAUUCUACUAAAUAAAUGUGCUGUAGAAACUUCUUUGCGACUGAUUUGCUUUGCUGGAAGAGAAAGGGCUCGUAGAAAAUU